AUGGAUUUAAUUGGUUCUUACGAUUCUGAUUCUGAAUCGGAUCAGAACUUAUCGCAAUCAACUGUUAAUUUAACUAAUCCUAGAUUCAAAAGGAACAAAUCUAAUCUUAAUACUUCUCCUAAUUUUACUUGUUCAAAUCAAGCGGAUUCUGAUCCAAAUCCGUAUAAUUCAGACAUCAAUCCCAGUAAUACCCUGUUUAAUCUUAAUCCCAGUUCGGAAAUUGAAUUGUUAUCUGUUGAACAAACUGAUAGGAAACUUUCCUGUAAGACUACUUUAUACUCUGAUUAUCAUUUCAAUAGUAACUUGGGAAAUAAUACCCAAACAAAUAAACCUCAAAAUGACAACAUUAAUACAAAAACAGAGAUAAGAACUUUUCAAAAUGAUGAUUCUCAAGUCUUAUCUAUUCAAUUAGGGAGUCGGUAUAAUUCAUCUGGCAUCGUCACAAUUCCAGCCACUGCUGUUAAUACUACCACUGUGACCCCUAAUACUGUUGAUAAUAUUAAGGUGAAUAACAUAAAACAUGAACAUGAACGGAAGGCUGAUGAUAUGAUGUAUGAGAAUUAUGCUGUGGAUGAGUUGAAGUAUAAGAGCCACAGUGAGAUUUCAAAUUACACUAGAAAUGGAAGUACAUUUUGUUAUUCCGCCAGUUUUGGCGGUGUAAGUGUCAAUCCAUCCGGAGUUACUGAGAAAGUAUACUUUAAUCCAACAGCAUUUGACACUGAUCUAAUAACAAAUAAUAAUACUAUUAUUUCCAAUUACUUGGUAUCUGAACAUAAAACGGGGAUUACUGGGAAUACAGUAAACAAGGCGAAAAGGAGAUUAACUCAAGAAGAAGUAAGUGAAGAUAUAUUUGGACCAUGGAUUCCAUAUGAAGAAGGUGAAUUACCAGUCCAUCCAAACACCAAUGCAAGUGAAACUGAUAAUUCAGAUAAAAUAGAAAGUUCCAAGGCGAAAACAACAGUUGGUAAAGGAUUAAUGAAGUGUGUACCAGAGAAAGCCGAAGGUCUAAACGAAGUAAUUACAGUUGAUGGGAAACAAUUUACGCAAUUCAAUUCACUGACAGUUUCCACAUAUAACCGUAAAAUCGAAUCCAAAUACAAGCCAAUACUACUGAGUACCACUGCACAAAAUCGAUCAGCCACUAAGGGCGCUAAAUCCACUGAAAAAUAUUAUAUACCAAAGAAUGAAGUUGGUGUAUUGACAGGUCAUAGCAUGUCUGUGUAUAGGAUCGAGUUCUUGCCAGUAACGGGAAAUGUACUAUUAUCCUGUGGAAUGGAUGGAUUUGUAAAGGUUUGGGAUAUCAAUAGUCAGAAGUGUUUGAGGAAUUAUAAAGGCCAUGCAAAGGGUGUGAGAGAUGUCAGCUUUAUAGAAAAUGGUAAUAAAUUUUAUAGUGCGAGUUUUGACUCCAAUGUCAUCCUCUGGGACACUGAAUACGGUAAAGUUAUCGGAGUAUACAAAAUUGAAAAAACACCGUACUGCCUAACGCCAUAUCCACUUGAUGAUAAUAUAUUCCUAGUAGGAGGUGACAGUAACAAGGUAAUUCAAAUGGAUGCUAGGAGUGGCGAGAUGGUAUUGGAAUAUUCUGAACACAUGGGCUGUGUUAAUACUAUAACUUUUAUAGACAAUAAUAGGCGAAUAGUAACAACAGCUGAUGAUAAACGUGUGUUGGUUUGGGAUUAUAAUAUUCCAGUGGUUGUAAAAUCAGUUUCAAGUCCUGAAACUCAUACAAUUCCAUCAGUGACUCCACACCCAAGCCAGAAGUUCAUCCUAGCACAGAGUAUGGAUAAUCAGAUUUUAGUAUAUGAAACUUCUAGUUCUAGGUUCAAACUCUUUGGUAGAAAAAGGUUCAGAGGACAUCAAAACAGUGGAUAUGCAAUUAAGCCAAAUUGCUCACCAGAUGGUAGAUAUGUAAUUUCAGGUGAUUCUAGGGGUAAAUUGUUCUUUUGGGACUGGAAAACCUCAAAACAAUUACAAACUUUUUCUGCACACAAAAUGGCCUUAAUGGAUUCCAAAUGGCAUCCAACACUCUCUUCUACCAUUGCCACCUGUUCCUGGGAUGGUACCAUUAAAAUUUUUCAAUAA